AUGGAGGGAACCUUCCAGGUGUGCGGGAACUGCAAAAGAAGCAUGCCUUCUUCCCACUUCACCCUCCGUGAGGCCCACUGCCUGCACUUCCGAGAGGUGAAGGAGCAUUGCAUGAACCACCCCCGGCAGGCCGAGGAACACCAAGAGCGCCCGGCGGAGUGCAAGUUCUGCGAGGUGGCUCUGAGCCUCAGCAAGCUGGAGCUCCAUGAACAGCACUGUGGGGACCACAUGGGGUUCUGCUCAGACUGCAGUCAGCCUGUCAAGCUCCAUGCACUGGCCCAGCACAAAGAUGUCUGCCAGGGUGAACAAGCCCAGCUGGGGGAAGGGAAGAAAAGUUUGGACUCUGAAAAGGAAAUCUACUGUUCUUAUUGCAACCAAAUGAUUCCAGGAAAUAAGUAUUUCUACCGUAUGAAUAAAUGUCCAACCUCAGAGUUUGUGAAUGAUUUUCCACCUGGAAAGCCAAAAACACCUUCACCAUCCUUCCCAAGUCAGGCUGCUAAAAAUCAGACUUCCACAGCAGAGAAGGAUGUCCGCCCAAAGACAAAAAAUAUGAACAGAUUUCCUCUUCUUUAUGAAAGUUCAACAAAGCAAGCACCAAGAGGCAAAAACAAAGCCAAGAAUCUGCCUUCAAAGUCUGAGUUCAAUCCCUGGGCCCGCUCUCCUACAGAAGACGAGGCAGCUUAUAACAUUCUGAGACGAUGUUCCCAGUGUGGAAUCCUGCUUCCCCUGCCAACCCUAACUCAGCAUCAGGAGAAAUGCCAGCGGUUAGCUUCAUCGAAAGCUAAACAAGUGAAAAAUCUCAGCUAGAUACGGAAGAGAAAAGAGAUAUUGGUUUGCCCAAGGUCUUCGGAUAAACCAGAAAAAGAAAAGAUUCCAGUUCUGGCUGAGAAUUCUGAAGAAGCA